AAGAAUUAUCUCCCUUUAAUGUGAUUUAAAUGAUCUGCUGUUUUCAUUGCUUAAUUUGGGAGUGUUUUACGUGGGAGGAUGAAGCUCGAAAUUAGGAUCGAAGUGAGACGAGCAGAGGAGAAAUUAUUGGUGGAUCAAGGAGAAUUUUUCACCUCAAGAUUUUGUUCUUUUGUUAUUUGAGCUAGUUUUUUUUUUCCUGAUUUUUGGGGAAAUUUGGGAUUUUUUGAGGAAAGGAGGAGAAAGGGGCAGAAAAGGUAGGAUGUCUGAAAUCAAAUCUGUAGUUAAGAGGUGGGAGGAUAUGGAGACCGAUGUCCUUGUCAAGAUCUUUAAAGAACUAAACAUGAUUGAGCUGGCUCCAGUCUCUCAAGUUUGUCGUUUGUGGCGGUCAGCUUGUUCUGAUCCAUUGCUUUGGAAUACCCUCGACCUGGGGCUACUGAAAUCCAAUUUCAUACAAACUAGGGCUUCGCCAUACAUCUGGGUGGAUGAAAGGUCUGACAGAAGGCUGAGUAAGUUGCUGAAACUAGCAAUGGCUCUCAGUCAUGGAAACAUUACCUGCCUCAUAUUCCAUUUUAAUCUGUACAUGAAAGAUGAUCACCUCAGUUGCAUUGCCGGAAGCUGCCCUCAUCUGAAACGACUUGUAAUGCCAGCAUGGAACCGCAUAACGAAAAAUGGGAUCUGCCAUGCAAUCCGGAGAUGGAAAGAGCUCGAAUCCCUGACAAUGCCAAGCAUUGCUCACCCUCCCUACAUAAUGGAGGAAAUAAGCAGAAAUUGCAAAAACUUCUCCUCCCUCAAGAUCAUGGGCACCUUUGAUGUCCAAUUUGCUUCGACAAUUGCAUCCUACCUUCCCAAUCUCAAGACCCUAAGUCUACGAUGCUCGAUAAUAACAAAAGAAGCAUUGCUGUUUGUUUUAGACUGUAUGGACCACCUAGAGGUCCUCAACAUCUCACAUUGCUUGUUGCUGGAAAACCUUACAACUGCAGGAAGAAAGCAAAUUGUUAAGGAGUUGGAUCAAACCAUUCUGAAGAAGUCUUUGAGGUUGAAUGAGUUUUAUCAUUGCAUGAGUUCUUCGUGUGUUACGUGUCAGAGGAUGAUCAGAGACGAAGGGCUCAUGAGGUGGUAUAGAUAUGAGGAGUGGUUUUGGCGCCAGGAUGAGGUGGGCUCCCUUGCAAUGGGAGAAGAUUAUGGCAGGUUGUUUGACGAGGGAUGUCUCAAUCUAGGGUUUAGAAAUUGAUGGUAAGCUUGAUGGUAGAUAAUAUAAGAUAAUAUACUCCACCUCAAUUAGAGUGGACUCUCUUAGAAUUGUGAUAUGUAAAAGUAAAUUAAUAAGAGAGUCGUUAGCCUGUGACGGUUGACAGUGGAAUUAUUAGUGUCGGGCUUUGUUAUGUUGUACUAUGAAUGUCGUCUGUAUCAUGAGUGUAGAAUGAAUAAUGAGGUGUCUUUUGACUAGCAGAUAUUUGCAUUGUACCAUAAAAUAUGAAAGUUGAAUAGUUCAUCCUGACUCGAA